GAGAAGGCAAUGAACACCAAAUUUGGUCGGAGAUUGAGUAACCAUACCUAUAGGCUGCACAAACAAUUCAUGGAGCUGAAGGAGGCUAAAGGGGAGGAGUAUGCAAGAAACCACCCACCAAAGAAUGUCGAUCCUACCAAGUGGAUAGAUCUUAUUGAUAAAAAGUGGAACACUAAAGAAUUUCUGGAACAAUCAAAGGCCAACAUCGCGAACAGAGAAAGGAUGUAUACAAAACAUAGGUGUGGUUCUAGGUCAAUCCCUGUUAGAGUAGAAAAACUGGCACGAGAAAAGAAGAUGCUACCUGAUCUAGCAGAGUUGUACAAGGAAACUCACUAUAAUGAGAAAACACAUGAGUGGAUCUUAUCUCAAGCUCAGUGUAAUUAUGUAAGUAUAUAUUGCAAUUUUUAUUAACAAAAUUUUAGAAUACUAUUUGUUAUAAUCUUAUUUAAUUUUCUAAUAAUUAUUUAAUUUUUUUUAUAUUUGAUACGAAAAUAUGAUACAGACAUAGGCUGAUCACCUCUCACAGCUGGGAUCAACCCCUUUGACUGCAGAAGAGCUAUCAAUCAAAGUC